GAUCAUCAGGGAAAGAAAAUGAAGCAGAAAUCUUACGUCUGUUGGAACUUUUCAGCAAUCGUAUAGUGGUAUGUACCUUAUGAAGCAUUGCCUUUUUCUUCAGCGUCAUGUCCCAAAAACAGCCGGAUCUGCUAGGACUUGGCCGGCUGGAAUACCUGCAAGCCCUAGUUACUGAAUUCCAGGUAACAGAAAGUUCUGAAGCCAAGGAGCAAGUGCUGGCUAAUCUAGCUAAUUUUGCUUAUGAUCCCAAAAACUAUGACUAUCUCCGGCAGCUCAAGGUCUUGGAUCUGUUUCUGGAUAUGCUGACAGAAGAUAAUGACACCAUUGUGGAAUUUGCACUUGGUGGCCUUUGUAAUCUAUGCUUGGACAAAAUCAACAAGGACUACAUCUUGGAGGCUGAUGGGGCAGCAGCUGUCAUCAACUGCUUGUCGUGCUCUAAUGAGGAGACUGUCAUGUCCGCGGUGACUACUCUGAUGUACCUGACCACACCCCAGUCUCGCCAGCAGAUCACAGCUCUUCCUGUAGUGGAGUGCAUGUUGCGAUUCUCUCUCUCAGCAAACAGGAGGCUGUCCAACCUGGCAACUAUCUUCCUCGACGACUACUGCAGUCCUCUGCAAGUAGAGGAGGCCAGGAAUCUGACCAAACACACAGCUUUAGGGAUCCCCCUGCCAAAGAACUAAUUCACCGAGGAGGCUGUUCUUCAUGAAGAAGCGGUUCGUCUUUCUGCCAAUGUACUGGAAGAAAUCAUUCCGGAAAUUCUGGCCUUGCAAAUAACCGUUGGGUACUGGUAUAAGUAUCCCAGCCCUAAUUCUUUGCUGUUUUAGGGGCUCUUGCAAAAUUCACACUUUCCAGCUAUACCAGGGUGCUCUUUUUUAAACUUAAUUCAGAUGUCCCUUGGAGGUAUAAAAAAACCUCUCAAAUAGGCCUUAAUAGCUAUUACGCUGGCUGAAUAUUGGAGGGAAAGUGGGGGAAAGACAGGGCCCUUUAACAGAAGUUAGGUUUUUUUAUUACAUGAGAGAGUAAAGGCGGAGGUGGCAGAUUAUUGUACUGUGUAAGAGACACUGUUCCGCUGCUGAUGCCUUUAUCAUUUUUUUUCCCUGGCCUUGUGGGUACCAGCUCUGAGAGCUUUUACAGCAGGGGUGCUCACCCAUUUGAGUGUCAAGGGCCAGACUCCCCACCCAACAGACACCCAGGGGCCACAUUCAUAAUUUCACACACCCAAAAUCUCAGAUCCCACCCCCCUUUUUAUGGCUCUUCCCCCUGAUGGCAUGCCUGGUUACAUCAUUAGUACUGACCAUACCUGAAUUGGCUCCUCCAUGAGAGUAGGUCGACAAUAAGGCCACGUUUUGCUGCAUCACUCACUGCAGCAAAAGCUGUGGCAUGUCUGGUGGCUUGUGGCAAUGGACCGGUUGAUAUUUUUGGCGGGGCGGAUAUUUGACAUCUGUUCGACAGUUUGGUAGUUUACUUACAAAUAAAGAUCCUUGGAAGUGAUAA